UUGAGAGAGCGGGUACUGCGAACUGCCUUACUAUGCUGUAGCCCCAACCCCCGUGCACUUCACGGAGUCAAAACGUGCAACUUAGCGCUCUGCUCGCUGCGCUUGUCCUCGCUCAACCUUUUGCGCUGAAGUUGCCAGCGGACGCCAGUCCGGCUCAGCCAAGUUGAGGAGUUCUGGCUUUGGAACAAGUGUGUACCUGAUUGCGCUGCAAGGUAAUACUUGUUUACAAAGAGGGCCAAAAGCUCUCCUGAACGGGGGAAGGCAAGCCUCAUGAGUCGGCCUCGUGGAUUUCAUCGACAAAAUGGAUUUAACUAAAAUGGGUAUGAUCCAGCUCCAGAACCCCAACCAUCCCACCGCUCUGCUGCAGAAGGCCAACCAGAUGCGUCUGGCUGGGACUCUUUGUGAUGUUGUCAUCAUGGUGGACAGCCAAGAGUUUCAUGCUCACCGGACUGUGCUAGCCUGCACCAGCAAAAUGUUUGAAAUCCUCUUCCAUCGCAGCAGCCAGCAUUACACCCUGGACUUUCUUUCACCAAAGACUUUUCAGCAGAUUUUGGAGUAUGCUUACACUGCCACACUCCAGGCCAAGGUGGAGGACUUGGAUGAUCUCCUUUAUGCAGCAGAGAUCCUGGAAAUUGAGUAUUUGGAAGAACAAUGCCUCAAGAUCCUGGAAACCAUUCAGUCCUCGGAUGAAAACGACGUUGAGGUCAGCGCUAACGACGGCAGCACAGAGGAGGAUGAAGAACGUAAAGGCCAGAAUGGAGCCAAGAUCUCUAAAAAACAUUCCAUGGAGAGCUCCUAUUUGUCAGGUACCCAACAAUCUUCCAACAUGUCUGGUGUAGUAGACCAGAGUCCCUCCGUCUCUACUUCCUUUAACGUCUCCAACCUGAGUCCCACCAAAGCUGCAGUGGACAGCCUGAUGAGCAUUGGCCAGUCUCUGCUGCAGCAAGGCUUUGGUGGGGAGCAGCUAAUCCACGCUAACUCUCAUCACCUAAUGUCUGAGAUCAAGACUGAAAACAUGCAGGUAGACAUGAGUGGAAACGGCCACGAAAGCCCUCAAAACAUGGAGUCCAGUGCCUCCAGCAAUGGAGACCGGAGCGGAGAAGACCGGAACCGAGAUGGUCCUGGAACCCCAACCAGAAGCAGUGUGAUCACCAGCGCCCGGGAACUGCACUACGUCCGCGACGAAAACAUGGUCGACCACCAAGCUGAAGUCAGUCAGAUGGGUCUGGAGGCAAUGGCGGGAAUGACAGAGAAACAUCUCGCCUCGCUAUACUCCCUCCCUGUUAAUCACAAAUCAGACGCCAUGAUGUCCAUGCCGGUGUCCAUGGCCUCCGCCCUCCCCAUGUCUCCAGCUCUGGCUAUGUCUAUGGACUUCAGCACCUAUGGGGGGCUUCUGCCACAGAGCUUCAUCCAGAGAGAAUUCUUCAGCAAGCUGGGUGAGCUGGCAGUGGGCAUGAAGCCGGAUGGCAGGAACCAGCAUGAGCGGUGCAACGUUUGCGGUGCAGAGCUGCCAGAUAAUGAAGCUGUAGAGCAGCACAGAAAGAUGCACAGUGGAAUGAAGACCUACAGCUGUGAGCUUUGUGGGAAGAGCUUUCUGGACAGCCUUCGUCUACGGAUGCAUUUGCUCUCUCAUUCAGCCGGAGAGAAGGCCAUCGUCUGUGACCAGUGUGGUGCCCAGUUCCAGACUGAGGAAUCCCUGGAGGCUCACCGGCAGAUCCACACUGGAUCUGACAUGGCCAUCUUUUGCCUUCUUUGUGGGAAGCGUUUCCAGACCCAGACAGCACUGCAGCAGCACAUGGAGGUGCAUGCCGGCGUUCGUAGCUACAUCUGCAGCGAAUGCAACCGGACGUUCCCCAGCCAUACUGCACUCAAACGUCACCUCCGCUCUCACACCGCAGGGGACCACCCGUUCGAGUGUGAAUUCUGCGGGAGCUGCUUCCGGGACGAGAGUACACUGAAGGGCCACAAGCGCAUCCACACCGGGGAGAAGCCCUAUGAAUGUAACGGCUGUGGGAAGAAGUUCAGCCUAAAGCACCAGCUGGAAACUCACUACCGUGUGCACACAGGUGAGAAGCCAUUCGAGUGCAAGCUGUGCCACCAGCGAUCCAGGGACUACUCGGCCAUGAUCAAGCACCUGCGCACCCAUAACGGCGCCUCGCCCUAUCAAUGCACCAUCUGCCUGGAGUACUGCCCCAGCCUGUCAGCCAUGCAGAAGCACAUGAAAGGUCACAAGCCUGAAGAUAUCCCCCCAGACUGGCGCAUAGAGAAGACCUACCUGUACCUCUGCUACGUCUGAUACGGGAUCGGGGUGAAAGGAGCGAGGAGGGAGGGAAUGGGGGUAGAGAGGUAAGGGGGAAUGUAACAGAGCAGGUAGGAGGUCCUGAAGAGUAAGGAAUGUUAACUAGAAGAUGCGAGAAAAAAGGAGGGCUUGUGUUUUUUGUUUUGUUUAGGGUUUUUUUUUUACAUGUAAAGGUGGUGAUGGGGAGCUGGGUAUAGGGGCAAAGACCGGGGGGGGGGCUAAGAGACUUGAAUGUGGAGUUGUUCUCCGCUAUGUGUCGGAUUCACCGGGUCAUUCACUACACCUGGAACUGUGUUAUUGGUUCAGGUCAUUUCUUGCAAAAACACAAAGCAAGUAGGCUACAAAGAAGUGACUCUAUGGGUGCCGCACUGAUAAGAAAGCUGAUUCUCGAGGGCUGUCUGCCUGCACAUCCUUCCCUUAGUUCCAUCUUCUUUUUCUGAUGCACCUAAUUUGUAAAAGAAAAAAAUAUUACCCCAGAUUUUGAAAGAUUUGAAUCGUCUAUUAUUGUCCUUGAUUUGUGUUUCCUUUCCCAUGCCUAGAAUUUGAAAGUUUUUUGUGUCCAUUCCCGAAUCCCUCCAGAAGCGAUGAGACAGCCCCUGAGAAUCAGUACGAGAGCCUGCAGGCUUAUGCAGUAGAUGAACCGGACGUGUGGGACUAUUAAAAAUGCUGCAAACCAAGCACUCAUUUGGUUAUGAGCAGGGAAGACGCUCUCGCUGCUUCCCCCAGGAGGUCUCCCCAGUUUCUUCAUCAGUCUUCCUGGGUCUGCAUCUCUUUUUCGAGUGCGGGUUAAAGACGCUCGAGUCACCACUGGCCUCUCAGGGCCAACGACUUUUAUGUCAUUUUUUUGUUUGUUUGUUUUUUUGUUUAGCUCUGCAUCAUAGUUUAUCAUGGCUUGAUUGCACAGGUAAAGCAAACUACGACAACAGUCUCUGUUCGACGUCAGCAAAGUGUAUAAACCCUUUGAUGAAAUAUAACUCGCUAUCAUAAUAUCGCACAAUAAAAAACCCAGACAUAUUCAGCAAAUGAUAACUGGAAUGCUUUUACCCAUGCGCAUUUAUCCCGAUGUAUCUCACACUAACAAUAUCCGACAUAAACUGACUCAUAACAGUAACGCUUUGACUGCCAACGAUCUGUCAACUCACCACGGUCGGGGGAAAUUAAUCAUAAGGGGAGAAGGGUUGUCGUCUGCAUGGGUCCUGUGACUCUGACUGUUCGUAGUGAAUGUGGAGGAAGUGUUGAGGAUGCCUUAGCUGCACAAACUCUGACAUUUGUCAGUUUUAAGGACUUGAUAUGGCAAAAAUCCUGAAUGUGAACGUCUGAAAGCAAGGUGCGCAUAAGGCUCUGUGGAAAUGCAGGUUUAUUCUGUCUGUUUCGUGUCAGAAACCUAAAAUUGCCACUUUUAGACUUUUUUUAUUUGUACUUUUUUUGCCUAGAAGUCAUAAAGACAGGAAACCGGAAGCAUCUUUACCAUUUGAAAUGUGCCCUUCUGCUCAGUCCUUCAAGGGAAAAGAUUGCUGAAAUAGUCACGGUUGACAUCUCCCAACUUUCUGGCGUUUUAAACUGUGGCAUGUCCGGUCACACGAGUGAUUGUCGUGACAUCUUCUUGGGAAUUACAUAUCCAAAAGGCAGGUGUGGAGGGGGAGAUCAGAAAUCACUGAUUGAAUGAGACAUGGCCAGGCAGUGAAAGAAACGACAGAGUAAAUGGGCUCUUUCUGUGGUUCCGUCUGUGCGCUUUGUCCCUCUUUGUCUCUUAUUGUGUUUCUUUUUUAUUGACCUUGAGUUUGGGCUCAACACAUUGUACUUGAAUUACCUCUCGCUCUUUUUUUUUUUUUCAUGUGACCUCAUGUUUCUUGUGUAUUUUAUAAUUUUUCCCUUGUGUUUGGCGUGUAUAUUUUGUUUUGGUUGAUGCGUGUCAGAGAAUGCGUCGCAAAAAAAUGUGAUAAGGUGGAGAGGUUUGCAGAGAAAUUAAGUGCCACAGAGAAGAGAUUCUGUUUCUUUUUUUUUUAUUUUGUGUUUUCUUUGUUACCAAACCUGGUAUUAUUAAUUCUGUUUAAGGAGCCGGAUGGUUCAUUUGUUAUAAAAGCUACCUCUAAGUUGUUUUCACAUUAGUAUUUUUUUUUUUUUUGCAAAAAAAGAAGACAAAAAACAUUUUUUUUGUGUGUUUUUGUUCUGCAUUAUUUGUCAAAGCUAGUUCAUCUCACGCUUUCUUUCAAGUUGAUUUAUAUUUGUCUCUGUUUUCAAGAAAAGUAUAUAAAAGGGUAAAGCAGAUGUGGGGCAGGAUGAGAAAAGUCAUUCGAAUGGAUGUUUAUUCUUCUCUAACGUUCUCCCCUGCGCCUCCGACAACAGGAGAGCAGAGAAAAAAAAUUUUUGAAGCCUUAAAGUGACGAGUAGGACAGAAGAGUUGUGUUACUUUUUGAGAGUGUUUAAAAACAAGAAUUUAAACUUGAACAUAUGUGAAUAGAGUUGUAGUUUUGUAAUGUGAAAUGAGAAAAAAAAAACCAACAUACUGAUCAUGACGUUAGUUGAAAACGCUGCAGCGCACAGGGCAGGUCAUAUUUGAAGCAGAGCGCGUUGGACAAUUUGGAAGUGCAAAGCGUAAUCGAAAAAAACAAGAAAAGAUUAAAAAACCAGAAGGUUAAAAAUAGAGCUUCUCCCUUUGAUAGAAGCAAGAGUGUUUGUUUCUGAACAAGAGCCAACAGAGGCAAUUUGAUAUAUGAAAAAAAAUUGUGAUAUUUUUGUAUUCCGUGUCGGUCCUUUUUUCCAUUUUUGUGGAGGGUUAAAGCAGGGCACAAAUAAUAUUUGUAUUUCUUUCUUUUUCUUUUUUACUGUUUUUUUUUCCCUCUUUCUGGGUGUGAAUCAUUUUUGCCUUGCUCCUCUUUGAUAUUGUUGGACAAAAACAAAACAACAAAAAAAAAAAAAAACGGUGUGAACAUGUUGUAAUAAGUGUCGCUUUCUGGAUGUCAGUUGCAUUGUCGGUGAAGGACUAAAUCUAUCCACCACCAGUUUUACAAGUGUGUGUAAAAGUUACGGUUAAAAAAAAUAAAAGAAACAAGACGAUACAAAAAGAGAAAAAAAAUAUAUCGGAACGGUAGACAGGGGGCGCUGCCAAACCGACCAAUUAGUACUCGUCACUCAUUGUUUAUGUCAAUCAAACUUGACUGUCGACUUUUUUAAUUUACUUUAUUAUUUUUGUACUUGAAAAAAAAAAAAAAGAAGGGAUGGCAUGUCCCAUUGUGUCUUGCCAUUUUAUUCUUAAACACUGUGAGCUGAGGGGAGGGGGGGGCCCUUCAGAUAACAUCCACCUACUAUAAUAAUAAUCAAAAAAAGCAGUCACAGUUCAGUCUAACCUCCACAAUGCAAGACCUGUUCAGUCACAUUAUCUUUUUCAUCGUCCUCUGAAUGUUUUCUACUUGUUUGUGUGUAUGAAAAGAAUGGUAACUGUAUGAGUGAGUGUGUUAGUGAGAAAAUGCACUAAUCAGAUACAAGAUAAAAUGAUAUUCUAUGCCACUUUUUUUUCUGUUGGGGAAAAAAUAUAUAUAUAUAAAUAUAUACAUAUACAUUGGCAUUGAUAUAGUUCUUCCCUCAGUGUUCCUCGGGUGUUUCUGUACUAUCUUUGUGCCUAAAAAUGGAAAUUGUUCGACAAAAAUAAUCCAUCUGUAUCUGCUUUUGUUCUGUAUUUCCAGAAGAAUAUAAAAAUGUUGUCUCCAGCACCCUAGGGAUGUCAUGAAGCUCAAUUUAUGACUUCUUUUUUUUUUUUUUAGAGCAAAUUAUGCGAUAAAAUCUCUGGAUUUACUUCUUUAAGCUGUACUCUGUUAUUGGCAUCCGGAAGCACUUUCUCUGCCGCCAGAUAUAAAAAGAACAUUUGGAAGUUCAUGCAAUUAUUUGUCUACAAACAGCAGAUUUUUUUUUUUUUUUUUGAGAAAAUGACUAAAAACCUUCACAGGUGUAGGUUGGCACUAGGGUUUUUUUUCCCUUCUGCUUGGUUAUGUUUAUAAAAGUACUUUUUUUUUAAUCCCCUUGUUUUACAAAAUGCAUUUAUCAGACGGGGAUGUAAAAUUUGGUCCGAGAGGAAUCAUGGCAUCCCUGGAAGCUGGCACUCUGUGUUUUUUGGUGUGGUGUUUUCUAGAACAAAGUAGCCAUUUUCAUGCAGUGUUGCAGUGCAUGUGCCAUUGAGGUCUAGACUAAAACUGUUUUGAGUAACAAAGCACCAAGACAUUGUAUUUUUUUAUAUUAGCACUGAGGACCAAUUGCCCUGUCGGACCAAGCGUGACGAAGCUUUUUUAUGUUGUUUUCUUUCUUUUUUUUUUUUUUUACCCCCUCGUCUUUCCCUGGCUUUGUCUGUGCUGCUUCUCUCCAUUGUUGUGACAGCACAAGUGCCAGUCGAGUUGCUCUGUAUUAAGAAAAUAGUGUUUUUAUUAUGAUUUGAAUUGUUUUAGUUUUUGUCUACCUCAGCACCUAAUCUUAGCCUAAUUGUUAGAAGGUGCCCAAUUAUUUUUUAUUUUCUUUCUGUUGUUCUCGUAUUGUUGUCACUUGUACAAAAAAAUGAAAUUAAAAAAAUUGUUUUUGACAUUUUUUUUUUUUUGCAUUAGAGCUUUGCAAAGGUCCUUUGUCUUUUCUGGCGACAAUGUGCUAUUUUAUUUUUUUUUCGGUUUUGUUUUCCCGUGGCAGUACGUUUCCUGUUUAAGUCGUGGCACCAAUCUACAGCCACCGUCUGUUGAUAUAGAGGUUGUUUUCUUUAUUUUGUUUCUUUUUUUUUUCCUCCUUUUUUGUUUUUUUUUUUCCAUGUAGAUUCAGACACAUCUUUGUAACAUUUCAGUGUUCUCUGAUGGAGUGUUGAAAAAAAAAUAAAAUAAAAACGAAACUUAAAAGAUUUCAUGCUGCAGGUUCUCUUCUCCAUGUUGUCAAUAAAGUCAACGUUGUACCUUUUGAUGGGAAAAUAUAUUAAAACU